GCUUCGAGAUCUUGGCUCUGAACCGAUUGGUGCGGAUCAUGCUGACCGUCCUGAUCGCUUUGCCAAAGAUUGGAGUGGCUUUCAUUCUCAUGCUCAGUGGCUGCCGCUGGCUGGCCGCCACCCAAUCCUUUGGGGAUCUCAUCCUAAACGCACUGGCUCUGGAAUUUGUAAUCGGCAUCGACGAACUCAUGUUCGAGGCAUUCACCCCCGAGCAGACUCGUAGCUUCAUCGAGCAGACGAAGAUUGCAUACCCCAGAGAGGGCCAAGGGGGCAUCCAGAAUGAAUCCAGUAUGUCGCUUCUCCUGAACACGCUGGCGAUCAUCCUCAACCUUGCAUGGUCGUACAUGUACUUGAACAACUGGCAGCAGGUCCUGCCGAAUUUCUUUCAUGACAUUCGAGCGCACUGUCAAAGCAGGUUUGCCGAGAUGUACACGCUGAAGUGCCCCUUCAUGGGAGAUCCGGAUGAGUGCUUUCCGUUCGGCGAGU